AUGCAGAACCGACCAGGGUAUUGCAGCUAUUGCUGUGUGCACUAUGAUAACCUGGAGCAGCACGUUUCCAGCGCUCAGCACAGAUACUUGACUGCACAGAACAGACAGCGGAGGGGCACCAUGAGUUUGAUGGAGCGUUUCUUGCAGGAUGUACUGUGGCAUCACCCAUAUCAUUAUCAAGAAAGCAGAUCAAUGCAAAGUGAGAGACUUGUUAUGACUACUGCAUCACCUCUUGAAGUGGUUCCUGUUGAUGAUUUUAUUCCUGAAGAAAUGACUGAGGAUGCUACUGGAGUCAGAGGAGAGAUAUCCACCAAGAGUUUUGGACCUACUGAAAAGUUGUAUUCUAGACCUAGUAAAUCUCAGGAAUAUAUACAGGGUGUUUCAAUUCGACCAUCCGUUAUUCAAAAACUGGAGAAGGGACAGCAGCAGCCCUUGGAGUUUGUUCAUAAAAUCGGGCACAGUAGGAAAGAAUUGAAUCCAGUAGGCAUUGGUCAAGCUACAAACGAUGGGCGAAACUUAGUCUCAGUGAUUUCUAAUGCUUCUACUAGUCGUUUACUUGGGAGUUCUCAUGAUAGACCAGUUACUAUGACUAAGUUACCACCAGCAGCCCUUUUGGAUUCAGUUAGCAAACAUGAUCCAAACAACUUUGCCAGAUAUCUUGAACCACUGGACAGGGGCUCUAGAAAUCCUUUGCUGUCAUCCCAUCUAGAAACUUCUGCAGUUUCAUAUCAGAAAACUAAAGAAUCAAACAAGAAAUCUUUAUAUAUAAAUUCAGAUAAAUUGGUCAUAAAGGAAGAUGUAAAAUCUCAGCGUGAAACUUUGUCAACUGGCUUUAAAUUCCAUGAGUUGAUGGGUACUGAAGGCUCCUUAAAAUUUGAAUCUCUUUCCAAAUUAGCAGUAAACCCAGCAAUCAGCCUGAAUAAAAUUGAUAUGCCUUCUAAUAAAGGAAUCUUUGAAGAUGCCAUUCCAAAGUGCUGUGAGAGAUUCUUUUCUAAUAUGGAUUGUACCCAAGAAGAAAAGCAUUUGGUUUUUAACAAGUCAGCCUUUUUGGAGCAGAGGAGCUCAGUGAGAUCUGAAAUGCAGUUUGACUGUGGCUCUGUUCAGUCAGUGUCUAGUCAACCCCAAGACGCUGUACGAGACCUUUGGAAUGAGGAGCAGAUUGAGCAAGAAGAUCAGAACUGUGAAUCGAGGGGUUCUGAAACAAGUGUUGAUUGCAGUUCCUCUUUCCAUUCACUGACUGACCAGUCGAAAGGGACUGCCAAAGAAACAAACCUUUCGAAGGAAGAGCAUGCUGAUUUGCAGUAUAAGAAUAAUGAAUCUUGUGUUUCUGAAAUAAGUUCUGACUCUAGUGGCUCUCUUCACUUGACUACCAAGAGAACUCAAGUAAUUGUUGAAGAUACGUGUCUUCAGAAGGCAAUGCAUAUUAGCUUGGUUGAUGAAAGCUAUGAAUCUAGUGAUUCUGAGAUUAAUUUUGAUUGCAGUGCCUCACUUCAGUCAACUGAUGACUGCCCGCAACAGCCUGCAAAGGAAAUAAACCUUCUUAAGGAGGUACACGUGGGCUUGGUUGAUAAGAACUAUGGAUCUAGUAGCUCUGAAAUAAGUGCUGAUUCUGUUUUCCCACUUCAAUCAGUGGUUGACCAACUCCCCGCAGCUGUCAGAGAAACAAAACUUCGGAAGAAGGUUCACGUUGGCUUGGUGGAUAAGAACUACGGAUCGAGUUGUUCUGAAACAAGUUUUGAUUGUGAUAUUUCUCUUCAGUCAGUAGUGGACCAUCCCCAGCUGGCUGUCAAGGAAAGAAACCUAAAGGAUAGGCGUGUUUGCCUGGGAGAUAAGAACCAUAAACCCAGUGGUGUCUCUCUAGAGACAGUGACUGAUGAACCUCAGAGGGCUGUGGAAGAAAUAAAUCUUCUGAAAGAGAAAAAUGACCUUGUGGAUAUGAACUGUGAAUCUCAUGGUCCUGAAAUGGGUUUUCACACUGAUGCUCAAUUAGUGGCUGACCAAUUGCAAGCAGCAAUUAAAGAAGUGCACUCUCGAGAAGCAGCUGUUGACCAGGAGAAUAAGAGUGUUAAAUCCAGUGUUUCUGAUCUAAGUUUUGAUUCUCAUGCUUCUCUUGAUCAGUUAGCUAAUGAUCUAUCUCAAGGGGCUCUGGGUGAAAUAAAUCUGAAAGAGUUAAAUGUUGACAUGGAUGUUAAGAGCAAUGGGUGCUCUAGUUCUGAGCUGACUUUUGAUUCGGAUCCCCCUCUGCUGUCAGUUACUGAGCAUUCCGAGCUUGAUGUUGAGGAAAUAAGAAAAAAGCACAUUCACCUGGGAGAUGAGAGUUAUGAGUCGAACAGUUCUGAAAUAACUUUUGAUUCUGAUAUUCCGUUUUGCUUAGUAGUUGACCAAUCUCAAGUAGAUGUUUAUGAGGAGGAACCUAUUCAUCUGGAAAAUAAGAGUAAUGGCUCUUGUGUUUCUGAAAUAACUUUUGAUUCUGACAUGCCUCUUCAUUCAGGGACUGAUCAACCUGAAGUAGCUGUUAAAGAAAUAAUCACUCAGAAAGAAGAGUAUGUACAGUUAGAGAGGAAGAAUGAUGAACCCAGUAGUUAUGAAAUAAGUUUGGGUUCUUAUGAGGCUCAUUCAAUGAUUAGCCCUCGUCCAAUGACUAGCCCUCCUGAAGUUGCUGUUAAAAAGCUAAAUCUCCCUAAGGAAGAGCACGUACACUUAGAAAACAAGGGUGGUGGACCUAGUGUUGCUGAAAUCAGUUUGAAAUCUGAUCUUUCCCGUCAUUUAGUGAUUGAUCAUCCUGACAUAGCUCUUAAAGAAAUAAACCAACAGAAAGAAGAACAUGCAAACUUAGAAGAUAAGGGUAAUGAAUUAAGUGUUUCUGAAACAAUUUUGGAUUCCAGUAUCCCUCUUCAGUCAGUGACUCACAAACCUGAAGUAGUUGUUAAAGAAAUGUGGCUUCAAAAAGAAAAGCAUGCUAAAUUCAAAGGUAAAAGUGCUGAAUUUAGUGGUUCUGAAAUAAAUUUAGAUUCUAAUGUCUCUCACUAUUCAGUGACUGAACCUCAAAUAGCUGUUAAAGAAAUAAAUGUUCAGAAAGAAGAACAUGUUGUUCUAGAAAAGAAGAGUGAUAAAUGUAGUGUUUCUGAAAUAAUUUUGGAUUCUAAUGUCCCUCCUCAGUCCAUGACUGACCGGCCUCAGCUCGCCCAUUUGAAGGAAAAACAUGUUGAUGUGGAAGAUACAAACAGUGAAUCGAGUGACUAUAAAAUAAGUUUUGAUUCUAAUAACCCUGCUCUUCAGCCAUUGACUGAACAAUUUCAGGAAGCAGUUAAAAAAAAAAACCUGUGCAAGGAAGAGGAUAUUGGCCUGGAGAAUAAGGUUGAUGAACUUAAUGGUUCUAAAUUAGUACUCGAUUCUGAUGUUUCUUUUCAGCCUGUGGCUGCCCAACCUGAGGUAGCUAUUAAAGGAAUAAACCUUGAGGGUGAAGGUCAUGCGUACUUAGAAGAUAAGAAUAGCCAAUAUAGUGGUUCUGAAAUGAGUUUGGAUUCUGAUUUCUUGGUUCAGUCAAUAAUUGAUCAAUCUCAGAUCACUAUUUUGGAGCAGGAGCAUAUUGAAUUAGAAGAUAAGCACAGUGAAUCUUGUGGUUCUGAAAUAAGUUUUGACUCUGAUGACCCUCUUCAGUCAGUGGCUGAUCAGCUUAGAGAUACUGUUCAAGAAAUAAGCCUUUGUAAGGUUGAAGUUGAUGUGAAAGGUAAGAGGGAUGAAUCUAAGGGUUUUGAAGUUAUGUAUGAUUCUGGUGUCCCUUUUCAGUCAGUGGCUGGUGAAACUGAAGAGGUUGUUAAAGAGAGAGACCUUUGGAAGGAACAUGUUGACUUGGAAGAUAAGAUUGUUCGACCUAGUGAUUCUAAAAUAAAUUUUGAUUCUGAUGAACCUCUUCAGUCUGUGGCUAAUGAAAUUCAAGAGGUUAUUACAGAAACAAAUCCUCUGAGGGAGGAACAUGUUUGUCUGGAUGAUAAGGGCAAUGAACCCAAUGAUUCUGAAAUAGUUUUUGUUUCAGAUGUCCCUCUUCAAUCAGUGGUUGAGCAGCUACACAUUUUGGAAAAGGAACAUGCCAAUUUGGAAGAAAAGAGCAGUGAUCCUUGUGAUCCUGAAAUAAGUUUUGAUUUUGAUGAUCCUCUUCAGUCAGUGGCUGACCAGAUUCAAAACGAUGUUAAAGAAGUAAGUCUUUGGAAGGAAGACUGUAUUUAUCUGGAAGAUAAGAGCUAUAAACUAGGUGAUUUUGAAGUAAAUUAUGGUUCUGAUGUUCUUGUUCACUUCGUGGCUGAUCAAUCUCCUUUGGCUGUCAAAGAAAUAAACUUGCAAAAGAGGGAUCAUAAUGACUUAGAAAAUAAGAACUGUGAACCUAGUGUUUCUGAAGUAAAAUGUGAUUCUGGUGUUCAUCUUCGGUUAGAACUAGACCACCCACAAGUGGUUUGCAAAGAAAGAAACCUUCAGAAGGAAGAGUAUCUUGGCCUAGAAGAAAAGAUCAGUGAACCUAGUGAUUCUGAGAUAAUGUGUGAUUCUGAUGUCCCUCUUCAGAUAGUAGUUAACGACUUUCAAGUGUCAGUCAAAGAAACAAAUCUCAAAAAGAUGCUGUUGGUGGAGGUGGUGACCAGCGAUAGUGAUUGUGAAAUGAUUUCUGACUCUGACAUCACUUUUCAGCCAGUGAUCGACUCACCUCAAAUGACUGUCAAAGAAAUCAACUGUAUCAAUAGAGAGAGUUUUGAUCCAGAAGGUGAGAGCUGUGAUUCUUGUGAUUGUGAGCUUGGAUACGUUUGUGAAGCUUCUCCACGACUGGUGGCAAACCAACCCAAAGAGACUUUCAAAGUAGUAAACCAGAAGAAAGACUAUAUUAUUCUGGAAGAGUCAAGCUGUGAGUGUUAUGGUUCUGAAAUAAAUUUUCAAAUUGAUGCCUCUCAUCAAUCCAUGACUUAUCAAUCACAAGAGCCUGAUAAAAAAAUGGCAAAAUAUAUUGACCCAGAAGAUAAGAGCUGUGGAUCUAAUAGUUCUAAAAGAAAUUUUAAAUGGGAAGACACUUCUCAAUCAGUGACUCACCAACUGCAGAAAGCUGACAAAGAAGCCAGCCUUUGGAAAGAUCUAGAAAAUAUUGGCCUAAAAAACAGGAACUGUGAAUCGAGUGUUUCUGUGAUGGAUUGUAAUGCCUCCCCUGAGUCAGUGAUCCAUCAAAUGACUGAUAAAGAAAACCUUUUGAAGUUGAGACAUACAGAUCUAGAAAGUGUAAGCUAUGAGCCUUCUGGUUCUGGGAUGCGUUUUCAGUGCGAUCCUUCUCUUCAGUCUGACACUGAGCAGCCUCGAGAGGCUGUUAAUAAGAGGCUGUCUUUUAACCUGAAGGAAGCGAGUCAUGAUUCCCAUUCAGACUUUGUUCCCGUGGUUGAUUCUGUAAGGAACUUGGAAGUGGCAAAAGGGGUUGUGGAAGAUAAUCCUGAUGAACCAGUUCUUGAAGCCUUGCCUCAUGUCCCUCCUUCAUUUGUGGGGAAAACGUGGUCUCAGAUAAUGAGAGAAGAUGACGUGAAAAUUAACGCGCUCGUGAAGGAAUUUAAGGAAGGCCGUUUCCACUGUUACUUCGAUGAUGACUGUGACACCAGGAAAAUUAAAAAAAAAAAUUUGAAUGAAGGAAAAAAGAUUGCCUGGGAUGACCUCAGCGAGGACCCUGCAUCAAUUCAAGUUUUCUCAGAUUGUGAUGAUAAUGCAGGUGGUAUUUUGGAUAUUGAUAACUCUUCAGUAGCCUUAGAUAAACCUGGUGUUCAUUCUACAGCGAAGUUGCCUUAUGAGCAAACCUGGCAAGUGGCUUCUCGAUGCCAGGCUGUAAAACUCAGCCAUGGAAUGCAAACCAAUCUUACGAGUCACCUAGGGGUAAAAAGAAAACUCAUGAGACAGGAUGCAGACUCGCCAGCAAAGAAGGACAGAAAGACAAAAAGGAAAGUAAAAAUUGGAACAGUUGAAUUUCCUGAAUCAUGUAUUCAAGUUUUGAAGCCUUUGCAGCCCAGUGCCUUCGUCUGUGUUCUUUCUUCAAAUAUUAAGCGGAAGGAAGAUGAAUCCUUCAACUUAUCUACAAUGAGGCACCAAAGGGACGUAAAUAAUAAGAAUAUUAGCAUACAGUACAAAUAUAAAUGGAGUUCCUUUAGUUGUUAUGACCCAUUGAAUAAGCAAAUUGUAAUUGAUCCUGCUCUGAACAUAGAAGUACCAGAGUCUGACAGGACUAACUGUGUUCAAAUCCAUUUGAGUGACCUACAGUCCAGUGUGGAAGAUGGGGAUGCUCCUGGACAAAGCUCUGCCUCAGCAUCUUUUGUGUCAGGAAGACACGAAUUAAUGUCACAUCAGGGGACCAGUGGAUCUUCUGUGUUUCUGGAAAAACCAGAGAUUUUGAAUUCUAGUGAAGUUCCAGAGGAAAGUAAUUUCCAAUUAACUCUUUUAAAUUGUGAUGCUGCCAAAAGUGCUCCAAAAUCAGUUAGAACUAAGUUUUUAGAAAGUAAAAAGAAAAUUCAGAGAAGAAAAGUGACAACUAAUAAUAAGCCAGGUUUUCCCCAAAAGGCUUGUGAACCAAUUAUUCUCCAGCAAAGAAACAGAAUCAUUUCAGAACAACAUUCAGUUUGGAUUCGAACCAAACUAAAUGAUAUAAUUAGAAAGUAUAUUUUAAAAUACUCUGUGUUUUUGCGUCACAAAUAUCAGUCCAGGAGCACUUUUAUUAGAAUGCAUCUUAAGAAGAAAAAGUCUGAUGUCAGUAGGUUAACGAAGGUGAAGAGACCAGCCCAGAUGCUUUUGAACUCCUUGGUUCUGUCCACUGUUGCUGAGGAGCAGGUGAGAGCUAUGGCGAGCUCUCCUCCCAAGCAACCUGUGCAGGAUUCUUCCAGUGCUGUGGGAAGUAAGAGGAACGAUUUGCAGGUUUCUGACUUUGCUCCUGUGGACACGUACACCCGUACAAUCUCCAAGGGGUUUUCUUGA